UCGAUUUGGUAUCGUCCACAUUGUUUUUUUUUUUUCUUCUUCUUUCUUUCACUGAAAUCAUUAUUGGAUGGCAAAUAAAUCCAUUUCAUAGGAUAUUUGUUCUAGGCAAUAAUAACGAUACCGGAACAUUUUUUCUUUUGCACAAUAGUCUGAAUAUUGCACGAACUUUGUGUGGAUUGUAACAAUUGAGAAUCGAAAUUAAAGUGAUUCCUUGUUCUCAGGAAUAAUUCACUGCUGAACGUAAGGACUUUAAGUGCAAGAUGAGGUCAUUACUGCUGCCUAUAAUUAUCUUAAUCAGCGUAGACAUGUCCAAAGCGGAUCAUCAGUCAAGGACUUUGUUCUUGAACGCGCUGCUGGGAGACUAUGACAGUACAGUGACACCCACGUUUGACAUGUCGCUGCCAACUCUGGUGAAUGUCUCACUUCAAAUAAACGCUCUCAACUCGGUCAACGAGCAGACUAUGGACUUUUCCAUUAAUGUCCUGGUCACCCAGUCUUGGUACGACUUCCGGCUUCAGUUUUACGAGCUCAUCAACGCUGACCAUUUGGAGCUGGACUCUAAGCUCAUCGCCAAGUUCUGGGUCCCUGACCUCUACUUCGUCAACGAGAAGUCGUCCGAGUUUCACGACAUAACAGUCCCUAACAGGCUGUUGCAUUUGUACAGAGAUGGAAGAGUCGUCUACAAAAUGAGAAUCUCCCUGACAGCGACUUGCUUGAUGCAACUCCACAGGUUCCCAAUGGAUCAACAAACGUGUUCUCUCUUAAUGAAGAGCUUUGGUUUCACUAAUCAGAGCUUACAGUUUCGAUGGAGUCUGGACAGUCCACUUACCUGCCUGAAACAAUUGGAGAUGUCGCAAUUUAUUUUGGCCAGAAUGGACUACAAGGAAUGCCAACGAAUGUCGGAUAUUAAUGACACGUUCUCCUGUCUUCAGAUGGAUCUCAAACUGCACCGUCGAGUCGGUUUCUACAUGAUACAGCUGUACAUCCCCAGCGCGCUGGUGGUUGUCCUCUCCUGGGUGUCUUUCUACCUGGAUGUUGGUUCAGUCCCGGGCAGGGUAUCCCUGGGGAUACUGACAGUACUCACUAUCACUAAUAUGAAGACAAUGGCUGUAUCUUCGCUACCCAAGGUGUCUUACAUUAAAGCCAUCGACGUCUGGAUGGUCACUUGCUUGUCCUUUGCCUUCGCUUCUUUGCUUGAGUUCGCCGUGGUCAACUCAUUCGCUCGCCGAGUGUCCAGCCUGGACAACACCUGGUCAGUCAUCAUGGAGUCGGAGCCACUACAGGCCUACCGAGACACGUUCACUAAUACUAAAAAUGCCAGAAGUUCAAAUUAUGCUGCUCCUCCAGCAAGAAGACCGGACCCAAGGUCGAUAAAUCUUGCAAAACUGAUUGACAAAAUAUCCAUGGUUGUCUUCCCUAUUAGUUUCAUGGCUUUUAUAUUUGUAUACAUUACAGUCUACGCCUAUGCUUGAGCUUUAAACAUCACCUUCAGUAAAAAUCAAGUUUUCACGUUUGCCUUUGGGUAAAACUAAUGAUAUGGAAAAUAAUUUGAGAUCCAGUGAUGCCGAUGUGACUGUGACCUGAAUGCCGUGUCACCGUGGGCUACAUUGAUAUACUCAUGGCCUUGAAUUAUUAUCUUCAUGUAUUCAUACUGGUAGGAGAAAACUAAAUCAUGAACAGUAACAAGGAUCAAACUUAAACCCUUGAAUCCCAAUAAUCUGAGAAUUCUAUUUCAUCAUAUAUAAAAUCAGAUGACCUUUACAUCAUCUGCCCCAUAAAUCACAAGGUCUUAAAGGGAAACUACUUUUCUUUUUACAUAGGAAAUGAAACCAAGAGUUGCAACCCUUGUCUUCUAUUUAUUCUAUUUGUUUGAUAUUGACGCUGAAGCUGGGCAGUGAAUACUAUUCAGUAUAACUAAACACCAGGUUUAGCGACACAACAUCCAAGUAUAGCUGUGGAAAGGCAGCUCCAGCGUCACAUUAGCACAUCUAACCGAACACGAAACCACCAUCUCUGGCUUAGGAGAAUGCCAAUGUGACACUAGAAGCACUUCAGAAGUUGUCGCUAAAGGUUUCGUUAACCUAAAACAGGUAACGUAGCUGAAGUUACAGCUUUCAACGGGACUGUCAGCUUCUUGAAGCAUUGAUCAGCAUUACAACGCCAUUCUACUGUGGAAACACAUCAGCCUUAGUAACACAUAGUCUACCUGUUGAUAUCAUGAUUAGCAACAUAGAACGAGUACGUGAUUGCUCUUUUUACAAGACCUUUUCCAAUGUGGAGCUGGACUUGGGUGAUGCUAAUCUGUAUGACUAAAAACUAGGAUUAGCGACUACAUCCCAGCGUAGCCGGGUAUAUACAACUCCAGCUGUACAGACACUAUUAUAUAGAUGGGCGUUAUGGUCUACACACAUAAUGUGUUAUUACUUUUGGAUGAGGUCAUGAGAAAAUCGUCAAACUGAACCAUCAAUCUGAUGAGACGACUAAACGAUGACACCUUUGUAAAAGUAAAUGAGGAGGGGGGGGGGUGUGGAAUGAGGAUGUUCUGUUCAUUUCUGCAGUGCCUGAGGUGACUGUUAAGUCAUAUCUGUCACAGUUUGACCCCCAACCUCUCCCCUCCAGCUACGCCCAUGAUAUAUAUAUAUAUAUAUAUAUAUCAUAAAGUUUAGCACCCUCCUUUUUUUUUUUUCAAUGAAAAGUCUUCCCGUCUUUCAGGUUUAGUACUGUUAGUACCAGUAGUGUGCAGAAAAAUUGUAUCUCCAAGAACUAGUCUCCAGGCCUAAUUAGACAAAACAAUCCUACAUGAUGUCAAAACCUGGACUCUCGUUAAACAGAGGCGGGCUUAGGGAGUGGUUAGUGUGACUAUCAACUCAGCCCCAUUGCAUGACCCGGGGGGGGGGCGUGAUAGGUGAUUCCCUUGACACGUCAGCUGCGAAUAGCAAACCAGUUUUCAUAAACAAGGACCAGUUACUCAAUAUUUUGUAAGCCUUUCUCGGCAUCUACCAAUUACCAUGAAAGCUAUUAACAUAGUAUUGUUUAUUUCGAAAUAUCGUAUUGCCAGUACCUACCUAUGUUUUCACAUUUUGUAACCAUGUGGCCUACAGCAUUAAGAGGUGGACGAGUGUCUUAGCAUGUUGUUGUACGAUUGGUCUGUGUAUGACACUCGCCCGGGGCCUGUCCGCCUCUAAGUGGAAAAAGAAAAUAAAGCAAACCUAGGCAAGGGCGGUAACAAAUAGUUCUAUAUGAAAAUCUUUACUAACCAUAAUCACAUUUUUUUUUUCAUUGCUACUUUAAAGUGAACAUUAAACAAUGAUGUGAUAUCUCUUGGAGUUGACGUUAAUGGCAAUAUCGAUAGGACCGGUACACUAACAGGUGCUAUAUAUUUCUAUAGCAUCUUUUCCUAUGGUAUAUUAAAUAACAGUUGCAAAGGGCUUGGCUGAUAUCAGUUUGAAUAAUUUCAUAUCCUUUGCCUUUAAAAAUCCUACUACAGAAAACUAAAUGACUGACUAUAA